UUCGCUGCAGCCACUGCGUCCCCACCCUGCAGAGUCGGCGGCAAAUAGUAUACGGUCGCAGUACUAUUUUACAUAUUAUAUUAUAUUAUGUAGGUAUCUACACAUAUAUUAUUAUAUUGGGUAUGCGCGUCGAAAAAUAAAACGACGGUAUUUACACUUAUCAUUGCGGAAUCGCCGAUGGAAUACGCACGCGCUCCGAACGGGACGUUAUACGACUGUGCUGCAGACGACCGUCACGAUAUUAAUAUAAUAUUAUUAUAUUAAUAUUGUCGUAUCGCUAUAAAGUGUUGGAUGUAUAUAUCAUAUUAUUAUUGUAUUGCACUUUAUACACGCGGUAGGUAGGGUGUACCCACUUUUACGAGGUUUAAAAUCAUAUUCACGGACGCGAAUAUUCGCGGGAUGCGCAAAGUCCACGCGAAUCCGCCGCAGACGACGACGACGAAGCGCAUAAAAAAGUAAUAAUAAUAAUAAAGCGCGUACGCCCCGACAAGACAAACCGCCGUCACCUCCAUCAUCAUCAUCAACAUCAUCAACAUUCAUCAUCAUUCAUCAUCGUAACGAUUACUGUGUACGGUUCGGUGUUAUCGAACGACCGUCGUCGCGUGUUUUUAUACGGUGAAUAUAUAAUAAUAAUAUUAUUAUCUACGCGAUGUACUAAUGUUGUAUUUUGAUAUAUUUUAUUAUAAUAAUUUAACAUUAUAUUAUUGUUGUUUAACACAACCGUUGUGCACAGUCAAACGUAUGAAAUAUUAAUAUAACGAUGGUCGUGAUGAUGAGCAAUACGUCUUGUACGUAUUUAUAACAUUAUCGUUUUAUAGUCUAACGCGCAUAAUAUUAUAAAAUUAUAAUAACAUCCAAGUAACCCGCGAUCGUCGUUAACCUACCUAUUAUUAUUAUUGUCGUUUCACGCAUAUUCACGGCCAGUCACUGAGGGAUGUAAUAUAUCAUUAUUAUAUAUUAUACGCACCUGUACGCGUAAAUGGACAAGAGAAAGUAUGCCAAGUUGAAGUCGUCGUUUUCAACUGGCUGGUAUAGUGUUGGACUAUAAUAAAGUCAACGGCCAUAACAAUAAUAAUACAUUAAGAUGAUCGACGAAUCGAAAACAGCCUCGCACGACGAGACCGCAGCCGAGACAAAGUGCGAGCCACCACAAACAUCCGCCGCACCACCCGACGAAAAUGCCGAGGCGUGGCAGACCAUGAGCGUCGUGUCCAAGUUCAAGUUCAUCUUCGAUCACUGCACAAUCGAGCCCAUGUUCGGGUGUUACAUCAUGACCAGCGUUCUGACGGGGCUGUGCACGCAGAACUUGAACCUUCAGAAGGCGUGCCGGGUGAACCUGAAGCUACCCAACAGCACGUGCUCGGCGCUGGACAACCGGAACUCGGACGACUACGCCAGGGAGGAGGUCAUGGUCCAGGAGCUGGUGACCGACAUGAUCAUAUGGAAGACGAUCGUACAGAGCAGCAUACCGAUGGUGUUGAUCAUAUUCAUCGGGUCGUGGAGCGACCGGAACCACAAGCGCAAACCGUGCAUGUUGGUGCCCAUCGUGGGCGAGCUGCUGACCAGCGUGGGGCUGCUCGUCUGUACUUAUUACUUUUACGAGCUGCCCGUGGAAGUGGUCGGCCUGGUCGAGUGCCUGCCUCCAGCCAUGACCGGUGGCUGGAUGACGAUGGUCAUGGCCAUAUUCAGUUACAUAGGUGACGUAUCUUCGGUAAAAUACCGUACGCUAAGGAUUGGAAUAGCGAACGUUUUUUACUCCGUAGCCGUCCCCAUCGGCACCGCAUUGUCGGGUGUAUUGUUCCGAGGACUAGGAUUUUACGGUGUGUACACCAUAGCCAUAGUGAUGUACGCAUUUACGAUUUCAUACGGCUGGAUAUUUAUCAAAGAACCAAAACCAGAGACAUGUUUAGAAAGCAAAGAACCACCAAAGUCCAUGUCUUGUUUUUAUUUGAUCGAAGAUUUUUUUAGCCUGAGCAAUAUCAAGGAGGCCAUUCGAGUGACGUUCAAGGAAGGACAGCACAACAGAAGGUUAAGGAUCAUUUCCUUGUUAGUUGUCGUCAUUGUCGUAAUGGGUCCUUUGUAUGGGGAAAUGUCAAUGAUGUACAUGUUUACACGAUUAAAAUUCAAUUGGAAUGAAAUUGACUUCAGUUUGUUUUCCACAUAUGCUAUGGUUACCAAUCUUAUAGGUACGAUGUUUUCAGUUGGUGUGUUCAGUCACAAGUUGGGAAUCGACGACGCCUUAAUUGGAGUAAUGUCGUGUAUGAGCAAAAUAUUAGCAGGAUUUGUUUAUGCGUUUGCCCCUACUGCUUUCAUAUUUUACUUAGCACCACUUGUGGAAAUCAUAAACGGUACAUCGUUUAUUGCUAUGAGAUCAAUUAUUUCCAAGCUCGUGCCGUCCGAUGAGUUAGGCAAGGUGAAUUCAAUAUUUGGCGUUUGUGAAGCUUUGGUACCAUUGAUUUAUGGACCUAUGUACAGUUCUGUGUACAAACACACAUUAAAGACAUUUCCUGGAGCGUUUUUUUUACUCGGUGGCUUGUUAACGGCUCCAGCAGCGAUUAUAUUCCUAUGGAUGUACAACGAACAUCUAAAGGAACGGCGAGUAAAAGAGUCGAUGGCCAGAAGCGGGGUGGAAAAUUCGGACGAACACUGCAAAAAGAGAUAGUUUGGACAUCAGGUUAUCCUCACAAAACAUUGAUUAAAUAAUCUCAUUAAGCAGACAAACACAGCCUUUCAUGAUUUCGAGGCUAUUAUAUGGUGUUGAAUGUUGGACAAUAAAGUACCUAUUUUAAACGGCACACGGAUUAAGCGAUGCAAAUAAGCAAAAUGGCCAAUAUUAUUCACCGAUAAGGCGUUUUUAUUUUUUGUACUCCUAUUUAUACGUCAUUAUUUUUAAGAUAUUAAUAUUUUGUAUCAUUUUUAAAUAUGUUAAGGCGUUUGUGAAAACUAAUUGCUGAACAGUUUAUGAAAAAUGCAUUUACAUUAUGAUACAUCCGUGAUUUGUAUACCAUAA